UCAAUUUUGCAAUUUGCAAUAUUGUCCAGUGUUCGGGUAGAAUACAAUCGUGUGAAACAGAAAAAACUAAACGUUAUAAAUUUCUGGAACUUUCCAUAGCUUUCUGAAACCGUAAAAAAAGAAAAUCUUUCUAACGCAAGCAGAAAAAAAAGAACAAGAAGAAUCAGAAAAGAAAAACUGACGAAGAGGAAGAGAGAAAAGCAACAACCUGACAUGGGUGUUGACUAUUACAAGGUUUUGCAGGUUGAUAGGAACGCUAAAGACGAUGACUUGAAGAAAGCUUACAGAAAGCUCGCUAUGAAAUGGCACCCAGAUAAAAACCCUAACAACAAAAAAGAAGCCGAAGCCAAAUUCAAACAAAUCUCAGAAGCCUAUGAUGUACUGAGUGAUCCUCAGAAGAAAGCUAUUUAUGAUCAAUAUGGGGAAGAUGGUCUGAAGGGUCAAAUGCCCCCACCUGAUUCUUCUGCUGGUGGCAGUGGAACUACUUACUAUUCGGCCGAUGAUUUUCCGUUUCGGUUCAAUCAUCGGAAUGCUGAUGAUAUUUUUGCUGAGUUUUUUGGGGUUUCAAGUCCCUUUGGUGGUAUGGGAAGAGGGGGUGGUGUUGGAUCAAGGUUUCCUAAUGGCAUGUUUGGAUCCUUUGGGGAAGGAGGAGGAGGGGGUGGAGUCCAUAUGCAUCAAGGUCCUCCUCGUAAGCCGCCUCCUAUUGAGAACAAAUUGCUAUGCACUCUUGAGGAGAUUUUUAAAGGGACCACAAAGAAGAUGAAGAUCACCAGAGAAAUUUUUGAUGCUAAUGGCAAAACCAUGCAGUUGGACGAGAUCUUGACGAUUAAUGUCAAACCUGGUUGGAAAAAGGGGACAAAGAUCACCUUCCCUGAGAAAGGAAACGAACAUCCGAAUUUGACACCUGCAGAUGUUGUUUUCAUCAUCGAUGAAAAACCACACAGUGUCUUCACUCGCGAAGGAAACGAUCUGAUUGCGAUUCAGAAGCUUUCUCUUGCAGAAGCCUUAACUGGUUAUACGGUGAAUCUGACUACACUUGAUGGUAGAAACUUGACUAUACCAAUCAACAAUGUGAUUCAACCCGAGUAUGAGGAGAUUGUUCCGAGAGAAGGAAUGCCACUCCCAAAGGAUCCAACAAAGAAGGGAAACUUGAGGAUAAAGUUCAACAUCAAAUUCCCAACUCGGCUCACCGCGGACCAGAAGGCGGGAAUGAAGAAACUCUUGACCGCAUAAAGUAAGAUGUUAAUUGGCACAACUCUUGUGGCUUCUUUACAUGAACAAAAUGUAUAUUAGAUUACCAUAAUCUUGGAUUUCAGGAAAUUUGGUUUUUUUUUUUUUUUUUUUGAUAUAGAAUAUUGUUACCUAGUAUAGUGAUUUAAAUUUUGGUUUGAUAUUUGGUCUAUUUUAUGAUUGGUUAGACAAUGCGCUAAAAUUGAGUUUUAUUUAUCAGUGGUUAAUGCU